CGAUACAGCAGGUGGCAGGUGAGAAGGACGUCGCAUCUUUGUCACCAGCACGCGGACAUAACCUAAGUUUCCUUUCUUGUAUCUCUCCUCCGACAGAGCCUCUACUUCUCCUCUCUCCAGAGCAUCCCCAGCAAGCUCUCGCGAACAUCACCCAUACCGCCCGCAAGCACCAUGGCCUCGCUCGGCACCGGCAUCUCCCUCUACACUCCCCACGCCACCGCAAAGAACCAGCUCAUCAUCCUCUGCGCCUGGCUGGGUGCCGGGGUGCACGACACCGCCCGGCACCGCGCCAUGUACAGCGCCAUCGCCCCCAACACGCGCCUGCUGCUCCUCACCACCGACAUGUGGCUCUCCGUGCUCUCGUCGCAACAGCGCCAGGCCGUCCAACCCGCCGUCGCCGCCGUCCGCGCCGCGCUCGACGAGGCCGGCUACAGCCACGCCAACCCCGCCGCCCCGACCCAGAUCCUGCUGCACCUCAUGUCCGCCGGCGGCGUGACCUCGGCGACGCACCUCCUGACGACGCUGCACGGAGAGCUGCGCAUGCCGCUGCCGCUGGUGGGGGUGAUCUGCGACAGCGCGCCCGCGAGCGCGAGUUAUUGGAAGAGGUACGCCGCGUUGCGAGACGGCUUUCCGCGAUCGGGGGGGUGGAGCGUGCUCGGCCCGCUGCUCGCACACGUGAUUGGGGUUGUGGUGCUCGGGAUUAUCUUGUAUCACCGGGUCGUGACGGGCGGGGAGCAGUUCCGGCUCGCGUUUAUGGAUGAGGGCUUGGUUAAGAGCGAGAGGAUAUGCUAUUUUGCGUCGAAGAGAGAUGAGGUUGUGCCGUUGGCGGAUGUGAGGAGGCAUGCGGAGGAGGCGAGGGGCAGGGGAUGGCAGGUGAAGGAGGUGGUGUUUGAAGAUACGUCGCGUGUUGAGCACUUGGCGAAGUAUGAUGGGGAGUAUGUGGAGUGUGUCAGAGCUAUGUGGGAGGGCAGUCAGCUUUGAUGAUGGUGGUCUCAACUCUCAAGAGGCGGGUGGUGAGGCUGAAGAGGCCUUUGGGAAUGCGGAGGAUCUUGGGGAUGCGCUUGCAAGGCUGGCGACCGUCUUCGCGAAACAGGACCACAGAGUGUAGCCGGACUAACUCAACUCCUCUCCCACAGUGAUGUCAAUAUGGUAACUUCUCUGAGGUGAGUGCCAUAGCACUAUAGCAUAGUGCCAAAAGGACCAAUCUAUGGGAUCACAUGAUAGCUACAGAGAAUCCAUGUGUCGAAGGGCAUGAAAAAUGUGGCA